AAUACCACGGAAGCCCCUUGGCGCACACAACAAGCCCCUGGCUCCCUCCUCUCCUCCUUACCUAUCCAUACAUAUCCUCACCCACCCACCUCGCCUUGAUCCACAUUCACUUCUGGGUCAUUGCUGUUGCGUCAGAAUCACAGGACGCCACCCCGCUUGCAUAUCAUCACCCUACAUUUGCCAUCCUCCCUUCCUCUCAUCGGGCCCUUCUCCCGCGUACGCUGCGAAAGCCGUGUGGAAAGCAGUGUCUGAGGACAGGCGCCAAUCGAAGGUCUUAGAACAUCAAUACACACAAUCUUCACGAUAAAUUACCAUGCUUGACCAAGCGUGGACACAUUCUGUCGAAGAUGUGUUGAAGAAGCUAGAGGUCGACCCACGGAAAGGUCUUAGCUCAAAGGAGGUGCAGCAAAGGCAACAGCAAUAUGGCCCGAAUGCUUUGGAAGAGUCACCUCCCACACCACUGUGGCGGUUAAUCGUCGAUCAGUUCAAAGACCAACUUGUGCAGAUCCUCCUCGGGUCCGCCGUCGUUUCCUUCAUCCUCGCCCUGCUCGAGGAGAACGAGUCGCUGGCGACUGCAAUGGUCGAGCCCGGAGUCAUCUUCCUCAUCCUCAUCGCUAACGCUACAGUAGGAGUGAUACAAGAGCGUAAUGCUGACCAAGCUAUCGAGGCGCUUCGCGAGUACACUCCUGACACUGCCUCCGUAAUUCGCAAUGGCUCAGCCACAAAGGUCAAAUCGGAGGAGCUCGUCCCCGGUGACAUUGUCUCGGUGAACGUCGGCGACAAGAUCCCCGCCGACUGCCGACUCAUCGCCAUUAAUUCGAGCUCGUUCCGUACCGAUCAAGCCAUCUUGACCGGCGAAAGCAUGAGCGUCAACAAAGACACGAAGGCUGUCGCCGACCCUAGAGCGGUCAAGCAGGACAUGAUCAACAUCCUGUUCAGCGGGACCACCAUCGCCAACGGUUCGGGAUUGGCUGUCGUCGUGCUCACUGGAGCGAAGACAGCCAUCGGCGGCAUUCACGCCGAGAUUAGCGAGGAGAGUGACGAAAAGACGCCUCUGAAGCAGAAGCUUGACGACUUCGGAGAGAUGCUCGCCAAGGUCAUCACGGUCAUCUGUGUCCUCGUCUGGUUGAUCAACAUCCGUCACUUCGCCGAUCCUUCGCACGGAGGCAUGCUCAAGGGCGCCAUCUACUACUUUAAGAUUGCUGUCGCUCUUGCUGUGGCCGCUAUUCCCGAAGGUCUUGCUGCCGUCAUUACUGCCUGCCUUGCUCUGGGUACUCAGAAGAUGGCCAAGAAGAAUGCAAUCGUCCGACACUUGCCUUCUGUCGAGACUCUGGGCAGCACAAAUGUCAUUUGCUCUGACAAGACGGGCACAUUGACAACAAAUCAGAUGUGUGUCACUCGUUUCGCGGUCUUCGAUUCGCAAAAGCUAUCCGAAUACGAAGUCGAGGGAAGCAGCUUCGCACCGAAGGGUGACAUCCGCAACUCUGACGGCAAGGUUGUUAGUGGACAGCUCAAUGUUGCCGGCUCCACGGUCAAUGCUCUCGCCACUAUUGCUUCCAUCUGCAGUGAUUCUCAAGUCACAAUCGACGAGCACGGCAACUACGCUUCGAUUGGACAGCCAACUGAGUCUGCCCUGAGGGUACUGGUGGAGAAGCUCGGUCACCACGAUGCGUCAGUCAACUCAAAGCUGUCAUCGAUGGAUGCUAAGCAGAGAUGCUCUGCCGUUUCUUCUGCUUAUGAAGAAGCUGCCCCGCGCCUUCUCACCCUGGAAUUCUCUCGAGACCGCAAGUCCAUGUCGACGCUCAUCAAGGACCCUUCCUCGCCUUCUUGUGGUCUCCUGCUUGUCAAAGGAGCUCCCGAGUCCGUUGUUGAGCGAUGCAGCACUAUUCACUCCGGCUCCGGCGCUCGGACUCCUCUGGAUGCCAACACUCGCGCCCUGAUCGCCCGAAAGGUGGAGGAGUAUGGUAAGCUCGGCUUGAGGACACUCGCUCUUGCUCAGGUGGACAAUGCCGAUCUCGACACCAGCUCAUACCGCUCUCAGUCCAGCGCUGACUACGCCAAGUUCGAGCAGAACAUGUCUCUUGUUGGUAUCGUCGGUAUGAUGGACCCUCCUCGUCCCGAAGUGCCUGCUGCCAUUGCUCGUUGCCGCUCCGCCGGUAUUCGAGUGAUUGUGAUCACUGGAGACAACCAGCCGACCGCAGAGACGAUCUGUCGCCAAAUCGGUAUUCUGCCAAAGGACACCUCCGCCAGCCUCAAGGGUCUCUCCUUCACAGGUCGGGAAUUCGAGUCGAUGUCGGAGAGCCAGCAGAUGGAGGCGGUCAAGACGGCGCGCCUCUUCAGUCGUACCGAGCCUUCACACAAGAGUCUGCUCGUCGAGCUGCUGCAGAAGCAAGGCCAGGUUGUGGCUAUGACCGGUGAUGGUGUGAACGACGCCCCAGCUCUCAAGCGAGCCGACAUUGGUAUUGCAAUGGGGUCGGGAACCGAUGUUGCCAAGCUAGCCGCCGACAUGGUCCUCGCCGACGACAACUUUGCCACCAUCGAGGUAGCCGUCGAGCAAGGCCGAAGCAUCUACAACAACACGCAGUCGUUCAUCCGAUACCUGAUUUCCUCCAACAUUGGUGAGGUCGUCAGCAUCUUCCUCACCGUCCUGCUCGGCAUGCCCGAGGCUUUGAUUCCUGUGCAACUGCUCUGGGUCAACCUGGUCACAGACGGUCUCCCAGCCACAGCUCUCGGCUUCAACCCUCCCGACCACGAGGUCAUGAGGCACAAGCCUCGAAGCCGAGACGAGCCGCUCGUGGGCAAGUGGCUCUUCACCCGAUACAUGAUCGUCGGCACUUACGUCGGCGCAGCCACAGUGGGUGGCUACGCCUGGUGGUUCAUGUACUACCACGCCGGUCCUCAGGUGACCUUCUACCAAUUGACCCAUUUCCACAAGUGCUCUGAGCUCUUCCCCGAGAUUGGUUGCCAGAUCUUCGUCAACGAGUACGCCAAGCGAGCUACAACGAUGAGUCUAAGCAUCCUGGUGACCAUCGAGAUGUUCAAUGCACUCAAUGCCAUCUCCGAGGUAGACUCCAUCUUCUACCAGACGCCCUUCAAGAAUCCCUUCUUGGUAUUUGCAAUCGCCCUCAGCAUGGUUCUCCACUUUGCCAUUCUCUACAUCCCCUUCCUCCGGGACCUCUUUGUCAUUACCCCACUCAAUUGGGAGGAAUGGCAGGCGGUGCUUUGGAUCAGCGCACCUGUGCUGGCCAUCGAUGAGGUGUGCAAGUGGAUCACGAGAAAUUACGUUAGCCCGCCUGAGGACACAUUGGUCGAUGCACCCGAGAAUGCAGUGGAGAAGAAGAAGAGCAAGUGAAGAGGGUCGGGAACGGAAGGGGAGGAGAGAGAGAGCGGACGGGUGGGAGCUGGGGAGACAGAGUAGCGUAGAGGAGGGUUAGAAGAGAGGAGAGGAGGGGUUGUGAAGGGGGGCUCGAUGAUGAUCUGCUCAUGCACACGAACCCCUGCACCCGGACCCCAUAGAUUGACUCUCCUCCUCAUCAUUAUCAUGUCAUAUCAUGUGUCGCUAGAUCAAAGCAUCCCAUUCCUACGAAUCUGUCUUCUCUUGCCCGACCACUCCGUUCAACUCAUCUCACACAGUACAAUGAUACAACUUCUCUACACCACCUAAGAGG